AGAGCGGCUCUUUUAAUGAGGGUUGCGACGUCUCCCUCCCCACACCCAUAAACCAGCCGGGUUGGACGUCACCGCUAAUUCGUUUCAGCGAUGAUAGGAUAAAGGGGGGACAUUAAGAAAUAAAUUCCCCCUCGCGACCCUCGGUGAGCUCACGGCUCAGUCUCUACAUAUUUAUGCCGCGUUUCCAGCCGCUGGGCGAGGAGCUACUUAGCGCCGCGGCUCCUCCGAGGGGCGGCCGGGCGGCGAACGGCGGCCGAGCAGACGGGCUCCAGAAACCCUAGAUCAGAUCUGCAUGUAACAGGCUGGUGACCAAGAUGCCCAGAGAAUAGUCCACAUCCAUCAUGCGUCACUUCUAGACACAUCCACCAGACUCUUCUCCUCCCCAGUCUGCCUGACCUAUUGCUUAGGGACGCGUCCCACCACUUCUGCUGACGUCUGCCUGGUCAACCAUCACUUCCUUGGAGAACAAGGAGGGAGACAAACCCAUGAAAUCAUGCCACCAACAGCAGAACGGCAAUGAGUGGGUGACGCUGAGUUGACGUCAAAGACAGAGAAGACUGAAUCCUCUGCAGCACCUGUCCCCCCAGAUCCCCCUCUCGGCACAGCCUGAAGCCUGCUCUGCCUGGUACAGUCAUCUGGGCUUGAUACGCUCUGUGGUCUGCAGACAGGACCCUGGGAAGGCAGACGCCAUGGAGGAUCACCUGUUUGGUGUUCAGCAAAUCCAACCCAAUGUCAUCUCUGUCCGCCUCUUCAAGCGCAAAGUGGGGGGUCUGGGAUUCCUGGUGAAGGAACGGGUCAGCAAGCCCCCUGUGAUCAUCUCCGACCUGAUUCGAGGGGGUGCCGCAGAGCAGAGCGGCCUCAUCCAGGCCGGAGACAUCAUCCUUGCAGUCAACGGCCGGCCCCUGGUGGACCUGAGCUAUGACAGUGCCCUGGAGGUGCUCAGGGGCAUUGCCUCUGAGACCCAUGUGGUCCUCAUUCUGAGGGGACCCGAGGGCUUCACCACGCACCUGGAGACCACCUUCACUGGGGACGGGACCCCCAAGACCAUUCGGGUGACACAGCCCCUGGGUCCCCCCACCAAAGCCGUUGAUCUAUCCCACCAGCCAUCGGCCAGCAGAGAGCAGCCACUGUCAGUGGACAAGGCCAUAGGUCCCGGGAAUGGGCCUCAGCAUGCCCAAGACAAUGGGCAGGAAGCUGGCUUGCUCCCCCACACCAAUGGCCUGGGCCCCAGGCCCCCACACCAGGACGCUGCCAGGAAAAGUGCCAGCCUCCAACACAGUGGGGAGGACAAUGAACUGCUCCGAGAGAUAGAGCCUGUACUGGACCUGCUCAGCAGCGGAGGCCAAGGCACCAAGGCAGGGGAACCUGCCAAGGCAGAGACGAGAGAUGCAGGAGUCCAGGUGGACAGAGAUCUGGAGGGCAAGUCGCACAAACCUCUGCCCCUCGGCGUGGAGAAUGACCGAGUCUUCAACGACCUUUGGGGGAAGGGCAGCGUGCCCAUUGUCCUCAACAACCCGUAUUCAGAGAAGGAGCAGCCCCCUGCCUCGGGAAAACAGUCCCCCACGAAGAAUGGCAGCCCCUCCAAGUGUCCCCGCUUCCUCAAGGUCAAGAACUGGGAGACUGACGUGGUUCUCACUGAUACCCUCCACCUUAAGAGCACGUUGGAAACAGGAUGCACCGAGCACAUCUGUGUGGGGUCUAUUAUGCACCUUCCUCAGCAUAUACGAAGGCCUGAAGAUGUCCGCACAAAAGAACAGCUCUUCCCUCUCGCCAAAGAGUUUAUCGAUCAGUACUACUCAUCAAUUAAAAGAUUUGGCUCCAAAGCCCACAUGGACAGGCUGGAAGAGGUGAACAAAGAGAUUGACACCACCAGCACCUACCAGCUCAAGGACACGGAGCUCAUCUACGGGGCCAAGCAUGCCUGGCGGAAUGCCUCCCGCUGUGUUGGCAGGAUCCAGUGGUCCAAGCUGCAGGUGUUUGAUGCUCGAGACUGUACCACGGCUCAUGGGAUGUUCAACUACAUCUGCAACCACGUCAAGUAUGCCACCAACAAAGGGAACCUCAGGUCUGCUAUCACCAUAUUUCCACAGAGGACAGACGGCAAGCAUGACUUCCGAGUCUGGAACUCCCAGCUCAUCCGCUAUGCCGGCUACAAGCAGCCUGAUGGCUCCACCCUGGGGGACCCAGCCAAUGUGGAGUUCACAGAGAUUUGCAUACAGCAGGGCUGGAAACCCCCCAGAGGCCGCUUCGAUAUCCUGCCACUCCUGCUCCAGGCCAACGGCAACGACCCUGAGCUCUUCCAGAUCCCUCCAGAGCUGGUGUUGGAAGUGCCCAUCCGGCACCCCAAGUUUGAGUGGUUCAAGGACCUGGGGCUGAAGUGGUAUGGCCUCCCCGCUGUGUCCAACAUGCUUCUGGAGAUUGGCGGCCUGGAAUUCAGCGCCUGUCCCUUCAGCGGCUGGUACAUGGGAACAGAGAUCGGUGUCCGUGACUACUGUGACAACUCGCGCUACAACAUCCUGGAGGAAGUGGCCAAGAAGAUGAACUUGGACAUGAGGAAGACAUCAUCCCUGUGGAAGGACCAGGCUCUGGUGGAGAUCAAUAUUGCAGUUCUCUACAGCUUCCAGAGUGAUAAAGUGACCAUUGUUGACCAUCACUCUGCCACCGAGUCCUUCAUUAAGCACAUGGAGAAUGAAUACCGCUGUCGGGGGGGCUGCCCUGCUGACUGGGUGUGGAUUGUGCCCCCCAUGUCUGGCAGCAUCACCCCCGUCUUCCACCAGGAAAUGCUCAACUACCGGCUCACCCCUUCCUUCGAAUACCAGCCUGAUCCUUGGAACACCCACGUCUGGAAAGGCACCAAUGGGACCCCCACAAAGCGGCGGGCCAUCGGCUUCAAGAAACUGGCAGAAGCUGUCAAAUUCUCAGCCAAGCUGAUGGGGCAGGCAAUGGCCAAGAGGGUCAAGGCAACCAUCCUCUAUGCCACAGAGACAGGCAAAUCGCAGGCCUAUGCCAAGACCUUGUGUGAGAUCUUCAAACAUGCCUUUGAUGCCAAGGUGAUGUCCAUGGAAGAAUAUGACAUUGUGCACCUGGAACAUGAAACUCUGGUCCUGGUGGUUACCAGCACCUUUGGCAAUGGAGACCCCCCUGAGAAUGGGGAGAAAUUCGGUUGUGCCUUGAUGGAAAUGAGACACCCCAACUCUGUGCAGGAGGAGAGGAAGAGCUACAAGGUCCGAUUUAAUAGCGUCUCCUCCUACUCUGACUCCCGCAAAUCAUCAGGUGAUGGGCCUGACCUCAGGGACAACUUUGAGAGUGCUGGACCCCUGGCCAACGUGAGGUUCUCAGUGUUCGGCCUUGGCUCACGGGCGUACCCUCACUUUUGCGCCUUUGGACAUGCCGUGGACACCCUCCUGGAAGAGUUAGGAGGGGAGAGGAUCCUGAAGAUGAGGGAAGGAGAUGAGCUCUGUGGGCAGGAAGAGGCUUUCAGGACCUGGGCCAAGAAGGUCUUUAAGGCAGCCUGUGACGUGUUCUGCGUGGGAGAUGACGUCAACAUUGAGAAGGCGAACAAUUCCCUCAUCAGCAAUGACCGCAGCUGGAAGAGGAACAAGUUCCGCCUCACCUAUGUAGCCGAAGCUCCAGAACUUACACAGGGUCUAUCCAAUGUCCACAAAAAGCGAGUCUCAGCCGCUCGACUCCUUAGCCGUCAAAACCUCCAGAGCCCUAAAUCCAGCCGAUCAACUAUCUUCGUGCGUCUCCACACCAAUGGCAAUCAGGAGCUACAGUACCAGCCAGGGGACCACCUGGGCGUCUUCCCCGGCAACCAUGAGGACCUCGUGAAUGCCCUAAUUGAGCGGCUGGAGGAUGCACCUCCUGUCAACCAGAUGGUCAAAGUGGAGCUGCUAGAAGAGCGGAACACGGCUUUGGGCGUCAUCAGUAACUGGACCGAUGAGCACCGCCUCCCGCCCUGUACCAUCUUCCAGGCCUUCAAGUACUAUCUGGACAUCACUACGCCACCCACACCCCUGCAGCUGCAGCAGUUUGCCUCCCUGGCCACCAGCGAGAAGGAGAAGCAACGUCUGCUGGUCCUCAGCAAGGGUUUGCAGGAGUAUGAGGAAUGGAAGUGGGGCAAGAACCCCACCAUCGUGGAGGUGCUGGAGGAGUUCCCGUCCAUCCAGAUGCCGGCCACCCUGCUCCUGACCCAGCUGUCCCUGCUGCAACCUCGCUACUAUUCCAUCAGCUCGUCCCCAGACAUGUACCCCGACGAGGUGCACCUCACCGUAGCCGUUGUCUCCUACCGCACCCGAGAUGGAGAAGGACCAAUUCAUCACGGCGUGUGCUCCUCCUGGCUCAACCGGAUACCGGCUGAUGACGUGGUCCCCUGUUUCGUGAGAGGUGCGCCCAGCUUCCACCUGCCCCGAAAUCCCCAAGUCCCCUGCAUCCUGAUUGGCCCAGGCACUGGCAUCGCUCCUUUCCGAAGCUUCUGGCAGCAGCGGCAAUUCGACAUCCAACAUAAAGGAAUGAGUCCUUGCCCCAUGGUCCUGGUCUUUGGGUGCCGGCAAUCCAAGAUAGAUCACAUCUACAGGGAGGAAACCCUACAGGCCAAGAACAAGGGGGUCUUCAGAGAACUGUACACAGCCUACUCCCGGGAGCCAGACAAACCAAAGAAGUACGUGCAGGACAUCCUGCAGGAGCAGCUGGCUGAGCGCGUGUACCGAGCCCUGAAGGAGCAAGGGGGCCACAUUUACGUCUGUGGGGAUGUCACCAUGGCUGCCGAUGUCCUCAAAGCCAUCCAGCGCAUCAUGGCCCAGCAGGGGAAACUCUCAGCAGAAGAUGCCGGCGUGUUCAUCAGCAGGCUAAGGGAUGACAACCGCUACCAUGAGGAUAUUUUCGGAGUCACCUUGCGAACAUACGAAGUGACCAACCGCCUUAGAUCUGAGUCUAUCGCCUUCAUUGAAGAGAGCAAAAAAGACACCGAUGAGGUUUUCAGCUCCUAACUGGAUCCUCCUGCCCAGGUGGAUGGCGGGGUGGCUGCCCCAAAUGCUCCAGCGG